AUAUACAAUGCCUGUAAAAAGGGACAAACUGCCAAGUGUUACGCCAGAGUUGAUUAGUGUUCAUAUCACUAUUCCUUUGGAAAAGACUAUUCAAGGAACUAAGGGCAUCGAAUGUGUACAACCUUAGAGACCAAGCAUCAGAUUUGGUUUCUGAACUAACAGCGGUAUGUUCCUUCUGCUGACAGGAACAUUUUUGGCGUUAUCCGUAUUCGGAGGCACACAAGGUACAGUGCCUGUUUCAUACUUGGGAUGUUACCGAGAAUUUACAUAUCGCCCUCUCUUCAACAGAGUGUAUUUCAAUUAUAGAAAUGGGAUCAAUCUUCGACGACGACCCAAUUGGAGUUUCAUGAUUCAGGUCUGUGCUCGAGAAGCCGUCAAGAGAAAGUACUCUUAUUUUGCCAUCAAAAGAUAUGGUCAUUGUACGUGGGGGCGUAGAGGACUUAGCAUCACCAGAGGAUGGAACUGUAGAAAUCGAUGCCACUACGGCGUCGGCAGGUUGUGGUAUGCUGCCGUAUACAGAGUACAGGGAUCUUCAGUUUGCCAAGAAGGACGUAAAUCGUUUGAUAAAUGUGGGCAGAGAUGUGAUUGUAUUCGUGGACGUCUCGUUAACUGCGUAAGGAUCAGAAAGGAAUUCACUUCUCUCUCGUUAAGAGAGCGAAGGCGUUAGAUUCAAACCAUUCUUAAGGCUUCAAC